CUCGGCCAACAGAAACGUCAGAGCUACCAUACCAAAACAGAAAGUGAAACCUUUGCUUUCUCCAACAAUGGAAAGGCUACCGGCUGAUCUGUGCCUGAAGAUCUUCUGCUGCUUGGAUCACCACAAUCUUGCUUCCGCCCAACAAGUUUGCAAGAAAUGGAAGGCGAUUGGAUCUGACGAGAAUCUAUGGUCCAACCUCUUCAAGCAUAGAUGGGGAACCGAUCGUGCCACAUUUUAUGCCCCUGUUGAUUCCAAAUCCUGGAAAGAUGUUUAUGCUGUGCAAGAUCGAUCCGAUCGAGUUGGACUGGGGCUGAAGAUAAUCAGAGAAGGAGGUGACUAUUAUCUUGUUCAUCAAGGCGAAAUCCAACGCUAUCUGGGUUCUCCCAGACACAGAAAAGGGCCAAAGGCUGCUGCUUCAGACGACCAAGUAGAAGAAUCGUCAUCGUGCGGCAGGGCGGCCGAAUCCUGCUGCACUGGCAGUGGGAUUCUGGACAGGAUACUGUUCUUCAUUGGAGACCUGGAAGUUGCUUCUGCAGAUGCCAAACGUGCUCGCCUGAUAUGAAUCAUUGCUUCCUAGAUAUGUAUAUGCAGAAAGCUCACAUGUUCCUGCAGCAUCAUUCAACUCAUUGCUCUGUGGAUAACAUAACAGCAAGAUCAAAGCUAGUUUAUUUCGAUUCGUUAUGUAACAUUCGUCGUAUUGUGUAAUAGUUGCAAUGGAAAUGUGUAACAAUGUCAAUAAUUCUUUCCUUUUACUGAUCAAUUGAUGCAAAAUUCUGUUGUAAUUGUAAAGCCAUAAGAACUGCUGUGGAAGGCAAUAUAGUACAAUUGCUGUGUUCCUAUUCUGUUGUCACAUGGAAUGGAAGAUUGCAUUUGAAGGGUAAUGCAUCAUCUCAUUACAUGGUGAAUUGUGGAUGAAGGAAUUCUGUGAGGGAACAUUCUUGUGAUUCUCAUAUUUGAUCAUCAGCAUGUAAUUCAAUUGGCC